AACCGGGUUUCGGUCUUUAGGGCUGAGCAGGAAGUGGCUGACUGGACCCUGGACGAGGGGGGAAAAAGCAGCACAAAAAAAGAGUAAAUUGAAAAAAAAUGGACAUGGUGGCAGACUUGGGGGCGAGUCGACUGUACCGGGCACCGGGCGAAUCGAGUCACCAGCAGCCUCAGAGAUGGUUCAACACCGCUGACAUCACAGUGGCUCACCAAAGCAACCUGCUGAAGCAGCUCAACCAGCAGCGCAGACAGGAGCUGUUCUGUGACUGCAGCGUGUUGGUGGAGGGCCAGCUCUUCAGGGCCCACCGCAACGUCCUGUUUGCCAGCAGCGGCUACUUCCGCAUGUUGCUGUCCCAGGGGCCCGACGGCCUAUCAGACUCCGUCAACGCCACCUUUGACGCCUUCAGCCCCGAGACCUUCACCGUCAUCCUGGAUUUCAUCUACUCCGGCCAGCUGGACCUGUCCAGCCAUAAUGUGAUUGAGGUGAUGUCUGCAGCCAGCUACCUGCAGAUGAACAAUGUCAUCACCUACUGCAAGAACUUCAUCAAAUCCUCCUUAGACAUCAGUGUGAAAGAUGAAGACAGCGAGCGCUGCCUCAGCUUGUCUGAGACCUGUAGCUUCACCAGCGGAGCAGGGGAGGAGUCCUCGGAGCAGCAGCAUCAAGGCCCGUGCUCUGUCAGUCCUCCACCUGCACUCUGGACCAGGGACAACUCCAGAUCCCAGUCUAGCUUUAUGGGGAAAGACACAGACCAGGAGGUUUCAGCCUCAGCCAUGAAGACAAACCCAAGCAGCCCAGUCAGUGAGCUCAUUGGUGCAGACCCGGACGACCUCCACGACCCGCAGGACCCUCUUUACACCCUGCCAGGAUCAGAGCGCCGGCGGGGGAAAGGGGGAAACAAGAGGAAAGCGUCUAACAGCACCCGUGCCAACCAGCAGGAGGACCUGGACAUCCAGGAGGCAAGGACACAAAAGGCUGAGAAAGCAGAGGAGCUGUACGCAACUCUACCACAGAUCGUUGGUGUGAUUGGACACUUUAAUAAAGACUCCAACCCCAGCAUGCGCUUCAAAUGUCCCUUCUGCACCCACACGGUGAAGAGGAAGGCGGACCUGAAGCGGCACCUGCGCUGUCACACCGGAGAGCGGCCGUACCCCUGCCAGGCCUGCAAUAAACGCUUCACUCGCCUGGAGCACCUCCGCAGCCAUUUUGAGACAAUCCAUCAGGCGAGGAAGCUGGUGUGCAGAAAGUGCAAGUGUCAAGUGACAGAGGAGACGGGGCAUGUGGUGUGUGAGGGCACGCGGCGCUACCGCAUGUGCACCGCGUGCAUCCAGGAAGUGGGCUGUGAUAACAUCCCCAUGGACAGUAUGGACGAGUCCUGCGAGGAGCCGGCGCUGCUGCUGGGUGUGGACGGGGAGGAGGAGGGCGACACCAAGAGAAGCUGGAUGGUAAACGACGACGACGACCUGGCCGAGGACUCGGGCACCGACCUCAUCAUACAGCAGGUGGACGACAGUGACGAGGAGCUGCAGUGAAAUGGGACCAAAGUUUGCGUGUUUGUGUGUGUGCGUGUGCGUGUGUGUGUGUGUGUGUGUGAAAUCCUCGCAACAGAAUUUAUGCAUAAAAGAAUCCACUAAUGUAAAUACACACAUUUAUGUUGUCUCUUAGUUUAAAAGCAACUGAGAAAUUAAUUUUCACUUUCAAUUGUAUCGUGACAAAAUGGAAUGAUUUGUGUUAAGCUGCAUAAAGAACGCAUGCAUGUUGAGUGUUUCCUUUGCGUCCGUUGUACGAUGAUAACUCUUUGAAAACAUGUUUGCGUCGUCAUGUGCAUGGAAGAACACCUUUGAACUUUCUGGAACUUUGAGCAAAACAAAGUGUGAGCGACAAUGACUCAACUUUUUUCCCACAUCCUGUAGGAAAAGUUGACUGCAGACUUUUUGUUUCCUUUUCCAUGUCUCACAGUUGCAGCGCUUUCUACGAUAUGAAGCCAAUUAUAAUUUAUUUGUUUGUUUUUUUUACUUUUUGACACAUUAAAAUAUUUUUAUACAUUUUG